AUGACGCUUCUCUUGUCACUCCUGGCCCUGCUGCUGGCAGCGGCUGUCAUCGCUGCUCCUCAGUCACAAAUGGAGUCUGAGGAGAGUAACAAGGACUCGUCAACGUGGCGUUCAUGGAAACUCCUCAUUAACUACGACUCCCCGACCGCUGAAGGCCCUCUCUCGGGCGAGAAGUCACCUCAGAAUAGCGCCUCCGACGAUUUCACGAAUGACAUAUGGAAUGAUCCUUACAAACGUAAUUCGAAUUCUAGUGACAACGGCAGUGAAAGUUGGGAGAGUUAUGAUUAUGAUAGUGAGAACGGAAACAUGGAGAGUGAGCCCGACUGGGAAGAGGACACUGACUACGUCUUGGCUGAGUCUUUCGGUCAUAAUGACAGCACGUGCAACGACCGCAUAAUGGCGCUCAUGGAGGAGAACCACCGCCUGAAAAAUGACUUGGUGUUGGUGCACAGUUUCCUGGGUAUGCUUCCCUUCGCUGGCAAGGAUGAUUCCCCCAACACCCCGCCCUGGUCCUCCCCAGACUUCGGCGCCGACACAGCCAACAACGACGAACCCAUCGAUGACAAUGACUCUGAUGAUAAGACAGACACCAUGGAUGACAUUGUCUCUGAUGAUAAGACAGACACCAUUGAUGACAUUGUCUCUGAUGAUAAGACAGAUGCCAUGGAUGACAUUGUCUCUGAUGAUAAGACAGACACCAUUGAUGACAUUGUCUCUGAUGAUAAGACAGACACCAUUGAUGACAUUGUCUCUGAUGAUAAGACAGAUGCCAUGGAUGACACUGUCUCUGAUGAUAAGACAGACACCACCAUCGAUGACACUGUCUCUGAUGAUAAGACAGACACCAUUGAUGACAUUGUCUCUGAUGAUAAGACAGACACCAUUGAUGACAUUGUCUCUGAUGAUAAGACAGACACCAUCGAUGACACUGUCUCUGAUGAUAAGACAGACACCAUGGAUGACAUUGUCUCUGAUGAUAAGACAGACACCAUGGAUGACAUUGUCUCUGAUGAUAAGACAGAUGCCAUGGAUGACAUUGUCUCUGAUGAUAAGACAGAUGCCAUGGAUGACAUUGUCUCUGAUGAUAAGACAGACAGCAUGGAUGACAUUGUCUCUGAUGAUAAGACAGACACCAUGGAUGACAAUGUCUCUGAUGAUAAGACAGACAUCACCAUCGAUGACAUUGUCUCUGAUGAUAAGACAGACACCACCAUCGAUGACAUUGUCUCUGAUGAUAAGACAGACACCAUGGAUGACAUUGUCUCUGAUGAUAAGACAGACAGCAUGGAUGACAUUGUCUCUGAUGAUAAGACAGACACCAUGGAUGACAUUGUCUCUGAUGAUAAGACAGACACCACCAUCGAUGACACUGUCUCUGAUGAUAAGACAGACACCAUGGAUGACAGUGACUUUGAUGACCUGAAAGACAUCAUUGAUAACCUUGACUCUCUGACCGCGAAAGACUCUGAUAGUGCAGAUGGAGACAAGGAUAGCCACGAGGUCCAUGAUGUGAACGGCGCUCGCGUCGCGGUAAACACCACCACCACCAAGGAAACUAUAGAUGGCAAGGAUACUCUCGUCCAGACCAAGGUGAUCGAAAUCCAGCCUAAAGGUCCAAUGCAAAACACCACAACCAUACAGAUAACGCAAGUCAGUUCGGAAGAAGUGCACUCGAGGAGCAGGAAAGUCAACACCAGAAAGCGUGGCGGAAAACGCAGAAGGAAGAAGAGACCUCUCCUAGAGUGA